AUGGCAGCCUAUCUUACGCAACGCAUCUGUCACCCUCACCACGGUAUCACCGUUUCUCGCGCCGCUACUCCAGUCCCCGAGAAAAAGGCCAAAUGCUCCGUUCCAAUCCAUAAUGUUGCUGCCAAAGACGCAUCUUUCUAUACCCCCGAGCAAGAUCCCGUUCCGGGAAGCGCUUCGCAAGUUCAAAAGUCUGGGAAACCUGUGCCCAAGCUCUUUUCUCCUCUCAAAAUUCGCGAUAUUGAAAUGCCAAAUCGCAUUUGGCCUGGCCUCAUGAUGAUUGAAGCUACCGCCGUCCAGGCCAAUGGGCGUAUCACACCAGAAGACUCAGGCUUAUGGCUAGACGCCCACAUCGACACUCUGAAGAAGCAUGUCGAUUUUGCGCACAGUCAAAACGGUCGCAUCGGCAUUCAAUUAGGACACGCAGGGCGUAAAGCUUCUACAGUUGCGCCUUGGCUCAGCUCUGGCGCGACGGCAACUGAAGAAGUCGGUGGCUGGCCUGACGAUGUCGUAUCGCCUACUAAUGAGCCCUUUAACGAACAUUACCCAAAGCCACGCUCCAUGAGUCUUGCAGAGAUUGCGCGGUUCAAGCAUGACUUUCUCUCUGCCGUUCGACGUGCUCUUCGCGCUGGCUUUGAUGUUAUUGAGCUGCACUUUGCGCACGGCUACCUUGUUUCAAGCUUUCUGUCGCCAGCCGUCAACAAGAGGACUGAUCAAUAUGGCGGAAGCUUUGAGAAUCGUGCUCGUCUAGCACUAGAACUAGUCGAAGCAACGCGGCAAAUUAUUCCCAAGGGGAUGCCACUGUUUGCACGCAUUAGCGCAACCGAUUGGCUGGACACAAACCCAGAGUGGAAUGGAGGGCCAAGCUGGAAUAUCGACGAGAGCAUCAAGCUGGCCAAGCUCUUCGCUCAACGUGGCGUUGACGUGCUAGAUGUAUCGAGCGGUGGCAAUCACUCUCUGCAAAAAGUCAUUGGUGGGCCAGGAUACCAGGCGCCGUUUGCAAAGAAGAUUAAAGCAGCAGUAGGAGAUAGUAUGCUAGUCAGCUCUGUGGGAAGCAUCAAGACGGGGGAGAUCGCGCAGAAACUCAUUGAAGGAAGUGAUGAUGCCGAUGAUACGCCGCUAGACUUGAUUGCUGCGGGCCGCAUGUUCCAGAAGAAUCCUGGAUUGGUAUGGGCGUGGGCAGAUGAUUUGGAGGUGUCCAUCACUAUUGCGCAUCAAAUUGGAUGGGGAUUCGGAGGAAGGGCGAAGAAACCCACCAAGUAG